CCAGGGACCUGGAGAAGAGGGACCUGGACCUGGACCUGGACCUGGACCUGGACCUGGACGGAUCCUGCUUUGUUUCAUCUCGUCCUUUUGUUGAACUGAUCGACUUGGACGUGGUCUUCCUCCAGACCCUGGACCGGACUCUGGUCCUGCUGCUUCUAUGUGAACACAGACAUAAGGAACCUGAAACCCGAGGAACCUGGUUCUGUCAGAACCCAUGCAGAGGAAGGAGGAGCUGAGGUCGGGCGGGUCGGACACGCCCCUGAGCGCCGACCUGAGGUGCCUCCAGGGCGGAGUCGGCGCCGAGCGGGAGGCGGCGCUCACGUCCCUGGAAAAACAGCUGAUCUGCCCCAUCUGUGUGGAGCUGUUCACCAAACCUGUGGUCAUCCUGCCCUGCCAGCACAACCUGUGCAGGAGCUGCGCCAACCUGCUCUACCAGCCGUCGCUGUUCCAGGCUCGGACCACCAUGAUGGUCAACAGCGGCCGCUUCCGGUGCCCGUCCUGCAGACACGAGGUGGUUCUGGACCGCCACGGCGUCUACGGGCUGCAGCGGAACCUGCUGGUCGAGAACAUCAUCGACGUCUACAAACAGGAAGUCAGCAACGUCAACAACACCAGCAGCCCCGCCCCUCCUCCUCCUCUUUCUCCUCCUCCUCCUCUUCCUCCUCCUGCUGAGAUGACGUGUUCAGAUCAUGAAGGUGAGAAGGUGAACAUCUACUGCCUCACCUGCCGCCGGCCCACCUGUUCUCUGUGUAAGGUGUUCGGUUCCCAUCAGUCCUGCACCGUGGCCCCGCUGACCCACGUCUACGAGCAGCAGAAGGUGGAGCUGAAUGAAGGUUUAUCGUCUCUGGCUGCGUUCAGCGACAAACUCCAGGCGUUGAUCGCAGAACUGGAGCAGAGCUGUCGCAACGUUGAGGAGGUCUAUGCGAUGCAGAAACAGCUGGUUUCUCAGAAGUUCGACCGUUUGUUCUCCAUCGUGGACGAGCGUCGUAAGGCGAUGAUGGAGCGAAUCACGUCGGAGCAGGAGGAGAAGACAGGCCACGCCCAGGCGCUGGUGCGUUGCUAUGGAGACACGGCGGAGGCCAACAGGAAACUGAUGGAGAGGGCGUCCAGCAGCAUGGAGGACCCGGACACGGCGGCCUUCGUCCAGAAUUCACGGGAGCUGAUCUCCAAAGUAACGGCGGCGGCGUCCUCCUGUCCGACGGAAACGCUGACGCCAGGCUUCGAGAACAUGAACCACUACACCUUUAACUUCAGCCAACAGGAGGAGGUUCUGCAGAACAUCGACUUCCCCAGAGUUGAGGAGGAUGUUCCUGAAGAACCAGAACCAGAAGAAACCCCCACCCAGGACCCAGACCUUCAACCCCCCCAGGAAACCUCCCUACAGAACCCAGACCCUGAACCUGGUCCAGAAACCCUGAAGGAACCGACCCAGGGGACACAGGAACCAGUUCACAUGAGACCAGCGGCUCCGGUCCAGAUGUGGGACUCUGAGGAACCUUCAGUCCUGCACCUGGACCCUGCAGGUCCACAUCCAGAUCCAGGUCCAGAUGAGGGGGUUCCAGGUCAGAGACAGGACUCAGAACCAAGAAGAACUGAACCAGAACCAGUUAAAGAGAAGAACAUGUGCCAACAGCAGGAGGGAAUGAGCACACUGCAGUGUGAAGGUGGAGAAGCAGAGGAAGAUCAGGAUGACAGGGAUGAAGAUGAUGGAACAGAGGUAGAGGAGGAGACCAGGACCGGGACCAGCCCUGAUCCAGCAAAAACCCUGCAAGACGUCACCACCACAGAGAUGAUGAUACACAAAGCAGAACCUGACCCGGACAUGGCACCACGCUCCAGGGCCCACGCCUCCGAUCAAACCCUGGAACAAGCCCCUGGAAAUCUACACCAAACACCUGAAAACCAGGUUGAACCACCAAAGAAUCAAUCCCAAACUGAAGAAGAUCCAUCCCAACCACCUCAGAAGCAACCUGAAUCAGAGACACUAUGCCAGAUAUCUGAAGAUCAAUGCCACACAUCUGAAAACCACGUCAAACCCCAUGAAAAUCAAUCCCAAAUGUACCAAUACCAGUUUGAACCACUUAGAGAUCAAUCCCAAACAGAAGAUCAAUCCCAAAUGGCAGAAUAUCAAUUCCGACCUCCUCCGAAUCAACCAGAAUCAGAUAAUCAAUCCCAAACACUUGAAUAUCAAACUCAAAUGCUUAAAAAUCAAGCCCAGACACUUGAAGAUCCAACCCAGACUCCUGAGAACCAGCCUGAACUACCUGAAAAUCAACCCACAACAGCAGAUGAACCCCAAACAUCUGAAAAUCAAUGGUUUUCACCUAAAAAUCAAUCCCAAAACCCAGCUCUGGUCAAUAUGGAGCUGACUGGACCAGAUGCAGAAGAAGCCGGUGAAAUCCAGGAGGAGGACAGGUCAGACGAGGCAGAGGAGUCGAAGGAGGAGAACUCAGGCUGUGGAGAAGAAGAAACGAGCACAGAAGGAAAAGGUGAAGAGCUGGGGAUUGAUGCCUCUGGGUUUGAUGUGAAGUCUGGGUUAGAUUAUCUGGAUGAAGGAUGUGAUGGAAACGAUAUGAAUGACCAGGCGGUGUCCAAGGUAACGUCUGAGGAGGUGGCACUGAAGGAGGUAUCCAAGGAGGUGGCAUCCAAGGAGUUGUCUGAGGUAGCGGCGUCUGAGGUGGUGGUGUCUGAGGAAGUGGUGUCCGAGGAGGUGGUGUCUGAGGAGAUGUCCGAGGAGGUGGUGUCUGAGGAGGUGUCCGAGGAGGUGGUGUCUGAGGAAGAGGUGUCCGAGGAGGUGGUGUCUGAGGAAGUGGUGUCUGAGGAGGUGUCCGAGGAGGUGGUGUCUGAGGAAGUGGUGUCCGAGGAGGUGGUGUCUGAGGAAGUGGUGUCCGAGGAGGUGGUGUCUGAGGAGGUGUCCGAGGAGGUGGUGUCUGAGGAAGUGGUGUCCAAGGAGGUGGUGUCUGAGGAAGUGGUGUCCGAGGAGGUGGCGUCCAAGGAGGUGGCCUCCGAGGUGGUGACGUCUAAGGAGGUAGCAUCCAAGGUGGUGUCUGAGGCAGCGGCAUCCAAGGAGGUGGCGUCCAAAGAGGUGGCCUCUGAGGAGGUGCCAAAGGAGGUAGCUUCCAAGAUGGUGUCUGAAGAGGUGGCAUCUGAGGAGGUGUCAGAGAAGGUAGCGUCUGAGGAGGUGGCAUCCAAGAACACAUCCAAGGAGGUGGAGACUGAGGAGGUGGAGACUGAGGACGUGUCAAAGGAGGAGGCGUCCAAGGAGACGUCCAAGGAGGUAGCGUCCCAGGUGUCCAGUUCAAAGUUGACAGAAAACAAGGAGGAGCGUGAAGUAGAGGAGGGUGUUGAAGGACAGGUGAACUCCUUUGUGUCCCUUCAGGCCGUCACUCUGCUCUUCUACCUGUUGGCCUUCCUGCUCAUCCUGCAGAGGGUCUGGGGUUACAUCGGCUGUUUCAUCCUCACAUAACAUCAUCUGGAGACACGUCAUCCUCACUGAGCACAGAUGGAGACCGAGGGGAGGAUCCCUGCCCAGACCGGCCCCUCCCCCUGCUCCGGCCCCUCCCAGGCUCCUUGUCGGCCCGCCUUCUCCUUCUCCUGGCUCCACUCGCUCCACAAGUAGAAGUAGAACCCGUGGAAGUUCUGCCUGGGAUCCGGAUCCGGUUCAGACCAGUACCCAGUCCAGCUCAGACCUGCUCCGGUCCACAGUGGUCCAGCUGGUCCAGCUGGUCCAGGUUUAGGUUCUGUUUAGUUUGAGUCUGUUUUCCGCGUGCAUCGGUGGUUUUCUUUUCCUUUUGUUUGACUUUUGCUUUCGUUUGAGUUUUUCUUCCUUUGACUUUUAUUCAGUUCAACAUGAAUCACUGACACUGAAGGAGGCGGGACCUGCACCUGUCAAUCAGAGGGGUUUUACUUUUUAGUUUUUCCCAGUUUUCUGUCAUUUUCUUUCAAACUGAGCAUCAGAUCUGAUUUGAUUCAGUUGUUGUUUUCUUUUUUUGACAUAAACUGGCGGUGAACGGCAGUUACCAACGUUCAGAUCCACUUACAUUCACCA